AUGGAUAUGACUAUGGGGUACUGUGUAGGUACACGGCCUCCCUCUUGCCUCAUCCUCCUGCUUCUCAAGCUUUUGGCCACUGUCUCUCAGGGGCUGCCGGGGACCGGGCCCCUUGGUUUCCACUUCACACAUUCCAUUUAUAAUGCUACCGUGUAUGAGAACUCGGCAGCAAGGACCUACGUCAACAGCCAGAGUAGAAUGGGCAUCACCUUGAUAGAUCUGUCCUGGGACAUCAAAUACAGAAUAGUGUCUGGAGAUGAAGAAGGCUUUUUCAAAGCAGAGGAAGUCAUCAUUGCAGAUUUCUGUUUUCUCAGAAUAAGAACUAAAGGUGGCAAUUCUGCCAUAUUGAAUAGGGAAAUUCAGGACAAUUAUUUAUUGAUAGUAAAAGGUUCUGUUCGAGGAGAAGAUUUGGAAGCAUGGACUAAAGUGAGCGUACAGGUUUUAGAUAUGAAUGAUCUGAGACCCUUAUUUUCACCCACAACCUACUCUGUUACAAUCACAGAAAGCACACCUUUAAGGACUAGUGUUGCCCAGGUGACAGCAACAGAUGCAGAUAUCGGUUCCAAUGGAGAAUUCUACUACUACUUUAAGAACAAAGUUGAUCUCUUUUCAGUUCACCCCACGAGUGGUGUCAUCUCUUUAAGUGGACGAUUAAAUUAUGAUGAAAAGAAUAGGUAUGAUCUGGAAAUUUUGGCUGUGGACCGGGGGAUGAAGCUCUAUGGAAACAAUGGAGUGAGCAGUACUGCAAAGCUUUACGUUCACGUUGAACGAAUUAAUGAGCACGCUCCAACUCUCCACGUGGUCACUCAUGUUCCUUUCUCACUGGACAAAGAGCCCAUAUAUGCGCUGGUGACAGUGGAUGACCUAGAUGAAGGAGCCAAUGGAGAGAUUGAGUCUGUUUCCAUUGUGGCUGGGGAUCCUUUAGAUCAGUUCUUCCUGGCUAAGGAAGGAAAGUGGAUGAAUGAGUACAGGAUUAAGGAGAAGAAGCAGGUAGACUGGGAGAGCUUUCCCUAUGGCUACAAUCUCACUCUUCAAGCCAAAGACAAGGGGUCACCUCAGAAAUUUUCAGCAGUAAAGAUAGUCCACAUUGCCAACCCCAAAAGAGACACUGUCCCAGUUAGGUUUGAAAAAGAAAAGUACGAUGUGAGCAUUAGUGAAUUUUCCCCUCCUGGUGUCGUGGUUGCUAUAGUAAAAUUAAGUCCCGAACCUCUAGAUGUGGAAUACAAAUUAUCCCCUGGAGAGGAUGCACAGUACUUCAAAAUUAAUCCUCGGUCAGGUCUGAUCGUCACAGCACAGGCACUGAAUACCAUUAAGAAGGAGGUUUAUAAACUGGGGGUGACAAAUAAAGAAGGAGAUUUAAAAGCACAAGUCACCAUCAGCAUAGAAGAUGCGAAUGAUCACACCCCAGAAUUUCAGCAGCCACUGUAUGAUGCUUUUGUGAAUGAAAGUGUUCCAGCGGGAACAAGCGUUUUGACAGUUUCAGCUUCUGAUAAGGAUAAAGGAGAAAAUGGGUACAUCACCUAUAGUAUUGCCAGCUUGAAUUUGUUGCCAUUUGCCAUUAACCAGUUUACAGGUGUUAUUAGCACAACUGAAGAAUUGGAUUUUGAAUCCUCGCCAGAAACAUACAGGUUCAUCGUCAGAGCCUCUGACUGGGGUUCGCCGUACCGCCAUGAAAGUGAGGUCAAUGUGACUAUUCGAAUAGGAAAUGUCAAUGACAACAGCCCUCUCUUUGAAAAAGUGGCUUGCCAGGGAAUUAUUUCCUAUGACUUUCCAGUUGGGGGCCAUAUUACAGCUGUCUCAGCGAUCGAUAUCGAUGAACUGGAACUUGUAAAGUACAAAAUCAUCUCUGGAAAUGAACUUGGUUUCUUUUAUUUAAACCCAGACUCUGGUGUUUUGCAGCUUAAAAAGUCACUGAUGAAUCCUGGCAUUAAAAAUGGAAAUUUUGCCCUUAGGAUUACAGCCACCGAUGGGGAGAAUUUUGCGGACCCUAUGUCUGUUAACAUUUCAGUCCUGCAUGGGAAGGUGUCUUCAAAGAACUUCAGUUGCCGAGAAACUCGUGUGGCUCAGAAGCUGGCAGAGAAACUACUCAUUAAGGCCAAAGCAAAUGGGAAGCUGAAUCUGGAAGAUGGAUUUCUUGACUUUUAUUCAGUUAAUAGGCAGGGGCCACAUUUUGACAAGUCAUUUCCUUCUGAUGUGGCCGUGAAGGAGAACCUGCCAGUUGGUGCUAACAUCCUGAAGAUUAAAGCCUAUGAUGCCGACUCUGGCUUCAAUGGAAAGGUGCUAUUUACAAUAUCCGAUGGGAAUACGGAUAGUUGUUUUAAUAUUGAUAUGGAGACCGGGCAGCUUCAAGUCCUUAUGCCCAUGGAUCGAGAACACAGAGACCUCUAUCUCCUUAAUAUCACUAUCUAUGACUUAGGUAAUCCACAAAAGUCCUCGUGGAGGUUGCUCACCAUCAAUGUGGAGGAUGCUAAUGACAAUAGCCCGAUUUUUCUUCAAGACAGUUACUCAGUUAACAUUCUUGAAAGUUCAAGUAUCGGCACUGAGAUUAUUCAAGUGGAAGCCAGAGACAAAGACUUGGGUUCUAAUGGUGAAGUGACUUACUCAGUCUUGACAGAUACACAGCAGUUUGCCGUCAAUAGCUCCACUGGAAUCGUGUAUGUAGCUGAUCAAUUGGACCGGGAAUCCAAAGCAAACUACUCUUUAAAAAUAGAAGCCAGAGACAAGGCAGAAAGUGGCCAGCAGCUGUUUUCGGUUGUCACCCUGAAGGUUUUCUUGGAUGAUGUCAACGACUGCUCACCGGCUUUCAUUCCCAGUAGCUAUAGUGUGAAGGUUCUUGAAGAUCUCCCCAUUGGCACUGUCAUUGCUUGGCUGGAGACCCAUGACCCAGACCUGGGACUGGGGGGUCAAGUGCGCUAUUCUUUGGUCAAUGAUUAUAAUGGGAGAUUUGAAAUAGAUAGAGCAAGUGGCACCAUCCGCCUGAGCAAAGAGCUCGACUAUGAAAAGCAACAGUUCUAUAACCUCACCGUUCGGGCCAAAGACAAAGGGCGGCCUGUCUCUCUGUCAUCCGUUUCCUUUGUUGAGGUGGAAGUGGUGGACGUCAAUGAAAACCUCCAUACUCCCUAUUUCCCAGACUUUGCUGUUGUCGGAUCUGUAAAAGAGAACUCACGGAUUGGAGCAAGUGUGCUGCAGGUUAUUGCCCAUGAUGAGGACUCCGGGAGGGACGGAGAGAUCCAGUACUCCAUCAGGGAUGGCAGUGGUCUUGGAAGGUUCAACAUAGAUGACGAGAGUGGAGUCAUCUCUACCGCAGACAUUCUUGAUCGAGAGACAACAGGGUCAUACUGGCUGACUGUGUACGCCACAGAUCGGGGCGUUGUUCCACUCUAUUCCACGAUUGAGGUCUACAUUGAAAUUGAAGAUGUGAAUGACAAUGCCCCGCUGACCUCUGAACCUAUUUAUUAUCCUGUUGUCAUGGAAAACUCUCCGAAGGAUGUAUCUGUCAUUCAGAUCCAGGCUGAGGACCCUGACUCUAGUUCCAGUGAAAAACUGACAUACAGGAUUACAAGUGGGAAUCCUCAGAACUUUUUUGCCAUCAACAUCAAAACAGGUCUGAUUACAACAACUUCAAGGAAAUUGGAUCGAGAACAGCAGGCAGAACAUUUUCUGGAGGUGACUGUGACAGAUGGUGGUUUCUCUCCAAAACAGUCAACAAUUUGGGUGGUGGUUCAGGUUUUGGAUGAAAAUGACAACAAGCCCCAGUUCCCAGAGAAGGUCUACCAGAUCAAGCUGCCAGAACGUGACCGGAAGAAGAGGGGAGAACCCAUUUAUAGGGCUUUUGCAUUUGAUAGAGAUGAGGGCCCCAACGCAGAAAUUUCCUACAGUAUCGUGGAUGGGAAUGAUGAUGGAAAGUUCUUCAUUGACCCUAAAACUGGCAUGGUUUCUUCCAGAAAGCAAUUUACAGCAGGGAGUUAUGACAUUCUAACGAUAAAGGCAGUGGACAAUGGGCGCCCUCAGAAGUCCUCCACGGCACGCCUCCACAUUGAAUGGAUUAAGAAACCACCUCCUUCACCUGUACCGUUGACCUUCGAUGAGCCAUUUUAUAACUUUACAGUCAUGGAAAGCGAUAGAGUCACCGAGAUUGUAGGGGUGGUGUCUGUGCAGCCAGCUAACACCCCUCUGUGGUUUGACAUCGUUGGUGGCAAGCAUGCUCGAGAGAUGUUCUAUAUUCUACAGACAGCUUGUGGGCAGAACUGUUCAACAGAAGGGGGCAAUUUUGACAGCUCUUUUGAUGCAGAGAAGGCCAUUGGGACCAUUGUCAUUGCAAAACCUUUGGACGCAGAGCAGAGGUCCAUCUAUAAUAUGAGUGUGGAAGUCACCGAUGGGACAAAUGUUGCUGUCACUCAGGUAUUUAUCAAAGUGCUGGAUAAUAAUGAUAAUGGCCCAGAAUUCUCUCAGCCAAAUUACGAUGUGACAAUUUCCGAGGAUGUGCUUCCAGAUACCGAGAUAUUGCAGAUUGAAGCCACAGACAGAGAUGAGAAGCAUAAGCUAAGCUAUACUGUCCACAGCAGCAUAGAUUCUGUCAGCAUGAGGAAGUUCCGGAUUGACCCCAGCACUGGCGUGCUCUACACAGCCGAGAGGCUGGACCACGAAGCCCAGGACAAGCACAUACUCAACAUAAUGGUCAGAGAUCAGGAGUUUCCUUAUCGAAGAAACUUGGCCCGAGUCAUUGUGAAUGUGGAAGAUGCUAAUGAUCACAGCCCUUAUUUUACCAACCCGCUGUAUGAAGCAUCUGUGUUCGAAUCGGCUGCUUUGGGAUCAGCUGUACUGCAAGUGACGGCUCUGGACAAAGACAAAGGGGAAAAUGCAGAACUCAUAUACACCAUAGAAGCAGGGAACACUGGGAACACAUUUAAGAUAGAACCAGUCCUGGGCAUCAUCACUCUUUCUAAAGAGCCAGACAUGACAACAAUGGGUCAGUUUGUCCUGUCGGUCAAAGUCACGGAUCAGGGUUCCCCGCCGAUGUCUGCCACCGCGAUUGUGCGAAUUUCUGUCACCAUGUCUGAUAAUUCUCACCCCAAGUUCACUCACAAAGACUACCAAGCAGAAGUAAAUGAAAAUGUUGAUAUUGGAACAUCAGUCAUUCUAAUCUCUGCCAUCAGUCAAUCCACCCUCAUUUAUGAAGUCAAAGAUGGAGACGUUGAUGGGAUUUUCACCAUAAAUCCCUAUUCUGGCGUCAUCACCACACGCAAGGCACUGGAUUACGAGCGUACCUCCUCUUAUCAGCUCAUUGUCCAGGCCACGAACAUGGCAGGAAUGGCUUCCAACAUCACAGUCAAUAUUCAGGUUGUUGAUGAAAAUGAUAACGCGCCAGUUUUUCUCUUUUCUCAAUAUUCGGGUAGCCUAAGCGAGGCAGCCCCCAUCAAUAGCAUCGUCAGGAGCUUGCACAACAGCCCUCUGGUGAUUCGAGCCACCGAUGCCGACAGCAAUCGGAAUGCUCUGCUUGUGUAUCAGAUUGUUGAGUCCACGGCCAAGAAGUUCUUCACAGUGGACUCCAGCACAGGUGCGAUCAGAACAAUCGCCAACCUGGACCAUGAAACCAUCUCCCAUUUCCAUUUUCAUGUGCAUGUGAGAGACAGUGGUAGCCCCCAGCUGACGGCAGAGAGUCCCGUUGAAGUCAACAUAGAAGUGACAGAUGUGAAUGACAACCCACCUGUGUUCACUCAGGCUGUGUUUGAGACUGUCUUACUUCUACCUACCUAUGUCGGAGUGGAGGUUCUGAAAGUUAGUGCCAUGGAUCCUGACUCCGAGGUGCCCCCAGAACUGACGUACAGCCUAAUGGAAGGUAGCUUGGAUCAUUUUUUAAUUGACUCAAAUAGUGGAGUGCUCACUAUUAAAAACAACAACCUCUCCAAAGAUCACUACAUGCUGAUAGUUAAGGUGUCUGAUGGAAAGUUCUAUAGUACUUCCAUGGUCACCAUCUUGGUUAAAGAAGCCAUGGACAGUGGCCUCCACUUUACACAAAGCUUUUACUCCACCUCCAUCUUAGAGAACAACACGAACAUAACCAAAGUUGCUAUUGUCAAUGCAGUGGGAAACCGCCUUAAUGAGCCCUUAAAAUACAGCAUCUUAAACCCAGGAAAUAAGUUCAAGAUAAAAUCUACCUCAGGGGUCAUUCAGACCACCGGAGUCCCCUUUGACCGUGAAGAACAAGAGUUAUAUGAGCUGGUUGUGGAAGCCAGCCGAGAGCUAGACCAUCUGCGGGUGGCAAGGGUGGUGGUCAGGGUUAACAUCGAAGACAUAAACGACAAUUCUCCAGUCUUUGUGGGCCUCCCGUACUACGCUGCUGUGCAAGUUGAUGCUGAGCCUGGCACCCUGAUUUACCAAGUGACAGCCAUUGACAAAGACAAAGGUGCAAAUGGAGAAGUGACCUACCUCUUACAGGAUGACUAUGGCCACUUUGAAAUUAACCCAAAUUCAGGGAAAGUUAUUUUAAAAGAAGCUUUCAACUCUGACUUGUCCAACAUUGAGUAUGGAGUCACCAUCCUAGCCAAAGAUGGUGGAAAACCCUCUUUGUCCACAUCCGUGGAACUUCCCAUCACUAUUGUCAACAAAGCAAUGCCUGUGUUUGAUAAGCCUUUUUAUACAGCAUCCAUCAACGAAGACAUCAGCGUCAACACCCCCAUUCUAAGCAUCAACGCCACCAGCCCAGAAGGCCAAGGCAUAAUAUACAUCAUUAUUGAUGGGGAUCUUUAUAAACAAUUUAACAUUGACUUUGACACUGGGGUCCUGAAAGUCGUUAGCCCUUUGGAUUAUGAAAUUACAUCUGUUUACAAGUUGACAGUAAGAGCCAGUGAUGCCCUUACUGGGGCCAGGGCCGAAGUCACCGUUGACUUGCUACUUAAUGAUGUAAAUGACAACCCCCCUAUUUUUGAUCAACCCACGUACAAUACAACAUUAUCAGAAGCUUCUCUCAUUGGGACACCUGUUUUACAAGUUGUCUCUACGGAUGCAGACUCAGAAAACAACAAAAUGGUCCAUUAUCAGAUUGUCCAGGAUACUUACAACAGCACGGAUUAUUUUCACAUAGACAGCGCAAGUGGCUUAAUCCUGACAGCGCGGAUGCUGGACCAUGAGUUAGUGCAACACUGUACUUUGAAAGUCAGAGCCACAGAUAAUGGCUUCCCAUCACUGAGCAGCGAGGUCCUGGUUCAUAUCUACAUCUCGGACGUAAAUGACAACCCUCCAGUCUUUAAUCAGCUCAUUUAUGAGUCAUAUGUGAGUGAAUUAGCCCCCCGAGGCCAUUUUGUAACUUGUGUGCAAGCCUCCGAUGCAGACAGCUCUGAUUUUGACAGGUUGGAAUACGGCAUUUUAUCUGGGAAUGACCGGACGAGCUUUCUGAUGGACAGCAAGAGUGGCGUCAUCACGCUCUCCAACCACCGGAAGCAGCGGAUGGAGCCUCUGUACAGUCUCAAUGUGUCCGUCUCUGAUGGACUGUUCACUAGCACUGCCCAGGUGCAUAUCAGGGUCCUCGGGGCCAACCUGUACAGCCCUGCCUUUUCUCAAAGCACCUACGUAGCUGAGGUGAGAGAGAACACAGCUGCUGGGACAAAGGUAAUUCACGUUCGAGCCACGGAUGGGGAUCCAGGGACAUAUGGGCAGGUCAGCUACGCCAUCAUCAAUGACUUUGCUAAGGAUCGAUUCCUCAUAGAUGGCAAUGGACAGGUCAUCACAACAGAAAGGCUCGACCGGGAAAACCCUCUGGAAGGAGACAUCAGUAUUUUUUUGAGGGCCCUUGAUGGCGGAGGGAGAACAACUUUCUGCACCGUGAGGGUGAUUGUGGUGGAUGAAAAUGACAAUGCCCCCCAGUUCACGACGGUAGAAUACAGAGCCAGCGUCAGGGCAGAUGUUGGACGGGGUCACCUGGUCACUCAGGUUCAAGCCAUGGAUCCAGAUGAUGGAGCGAAUGCAAGGAUUACUUAUUCCCUCUAUAGCGAGGCCUCGGUCUCGGUGGCUGACCUCCUGGAAAUCGAUCCUGACAAUGGCUGGAUGGUCACAAAGGGCCAUUUUAACCAGCUGAAAAACACAGUGCUGUCCUUCUUUGUCAAAGCAGUGGAUGGGGGCAUUCCGGUGAAGCACUCCCUCAUCCCCGUCUACAUCCACGUCUUACCCCCUGAAACAUUCUUGCCGUCCUUCACCCAGUCUCAGUAUUCCUUCACCAUGUCAGAAGAUACAGCCAUUGGGAGCACGGUGGACACCCUGAGGAUUUUGCCCACUCAGAAAGUCAAGUUCAGCACAGUUAAUGGGGAGCGGCUGGAAAAUAACAAAGGAGCUGUCUUCAUCAUAGAACAGGAAACAGGCACCAUCAAGCUGGACAAACGUCUUGACCAUGAAAUCAGCCCAGCUUUCCACUUCAAAGUAGCAGCCACUAUACCCCUGGACAAGGUAGACCUUGUGUUCACGGUGGAUGUAGACAUCAAGGUACUGGAUCUGAAUGACAACAAGCCAGUCUUUGAAACUUCAAGCUAUGAGACGAUCAUCAUGGAAGGGAUGCCUGUGGGCACCAAACUCACACAGGUGAGAGCCAUCGAUAUGGACUGGGGAGCCAAUGGGCAGGUCACCUACUCCCUCCACUCAGAUUCCCAACCUGAAAAGGUGAUGGAAGCGUUCAACAUUGACAGCAACACAGGCUGGAUCAGUACCUUGAGGGACCUGGAUCACGAGACAGACCCCACGUUCACCUUCUCCGUGGUGGCCUCCGACCUCGGGGAGGCCUUCUCUCUUUCUUCCACAGCAUUGGUCUCUGUCAGGGUGACAGAUAUAAAUGACAACGCUCCGGUCUUUGCCCACGAGGUGUACCGAGGGAACGUGAAGGAGAGCGACCCUCCGGGCGAGGUGGUAGCUGUCCUCAGCACAUGGGACAGAGACUCUUCUGACAUCAAUCGACAAGUGAGCUAUCAUAUUACAGGAGGGAACCCCAGAGGAAAGUUUGCCCUGGGCCUGGUGCAGAGCGAAUGGAAGGUCUAUGUGAAGAGACCUCUAGAUAGAGAAGAACAAGACAUUUACUUCCUCAAUAUCACCGCCACUGAUGGGCUCUUUGUCACUCAGGCCAUGGUGGAAGUGACGGUCAGUGAUGUGAAUGACAACAGCCCAGUGUGUGAUCAGGUUGCAUAUACAGCAUUAUUUCCCGAAGACAUUCCAUCAAACAAAAUCAUCCUGAAGGUCAGUGCCAAGGAUGCUGAUAUUGGAUCCAAUGGAGAUAUACGAUACUCACUCUAUGGAUCUGGAAACAAUGAAUUUUUUCUAGAUCCACAAAGUGGUGAGUUAAAAACUUUGGCUCUGUUGGACCGGGAGAGGGUCCCUGCAUACAGCCUCGUCGCCAGGGCCACCGACGGGGGUGGCAGGUUCUGCCAGUCUGACAUCCGUCUGAUCCUGGAGGAUGUGAACGAUAACCCCCCAGUGUUUUCGUCCGACCACUAUAACGCCUGUGUCUAUGAAAACACAGCCACCAAGGCUCUGUUGACCAGAGUUCAAGCAGUAGAUCCCGAUGUCGGCACCAACAGGAAGGUCGUGUACUCCCUGGCCGACUCGGCCGACGGGUUCUUCUCCAUCGACAGCUCGUCUGGCAUCAUCAUCCUGGAGCAGCCGCUGGACCGAGAACAACAGUCCUCCUACAGCAUCAGCGUGCAGGCCACCGACCAGAGCCCCGGCCAGGCCCUGUCCUCUCUGGCCACUGUCACCAUCACCGUCCUGGACAUUAACGACAACCCCCCCGUGUUUGAGAGGAGGGACUACCUGGUGACGGUGCCUGAGGACACCUCCCCUGGCACCCAAGUCCUUGUUGUUUUUGCCACCAGCAAAGACAUAGGCACAAAUGCCGAGAUUACGUACCUCAUCCGGUCUGGAAAUGAGCAAGGGAAAUUUAGGAUCAACCCAAAGACAGGGAGUAUCUCUGUGUCUGAGGUCCUGGACUAUGAAUUAUGCCGAAAGUUUUACCUGGUGGUGGAAGCGAAAGACGGGGGCACCCCCACCCUCAGUGCCAUGGCCACUGUCAACAUCAACCUCACAGAUGUGAAUGACAACCCUCCCGAGUUCAGCCAAGAUGUCUACAGUGCUGUCAUAAGUGAAGACGCCUUGGUCGGGGACUCUGUCAUUUUGCUAAUAGCAGAAGAUGCAGACAGCCAGCCCAAUGGACAGAUUCGAUUUUCCAUUGUGAAUGGAGAUCGAGACAGUGAAUUUGCUGUGGAUCCUGUCUUGGGACUUGUGAAGGUUAAAAAGAAAUUGGACCGGGAACGGGUGUCUGGAUACUCCCUGCUCGUCCAGGCAGUAGACAGCGGCAUUCCUGUGAUGUCUUCAACUGCCACUGUCAACAUUGAUAUUUCUGAUGUAAAUGACAACAGCCCAGUAUUUACACCUGCUAACUAUACCGCUGUGAUUCAGGAAAAUAAGCCAGUAGGCACCAGCAUUUUGCAGCUCGUGGUGACAGACAGAGACUCCUUUCACAACGGGCCUCCCUUCUCCUUCUCUAUUUUGUCGGGAAACGAAGAGGAGGCGUUUGUGUUGGACUCGGAUGGGAUCCUGCGCUCAGCCGUGGUCUUCCGGCACAUGGAGUCUCCAGAGUAUGUGCUGUGUGUCCAGGCAAAAGACUCAGGCAAACCUCAGCAAGUUUCUCACUCCUACAUCCGCGUGCGGGUCAUCGAGGAAAGCAUCCACAAGCCCACAGCCAUCCCCCUGGAAAUUUUCAUUGUCACCAUGGAGGACGACUUUCCUGGUGGGGUCAUUGGGAAGAUCCACGCCACAGAUCAAGACGUGUAUGAUGUCCUCACAUUUGCCCUGAAAUCGGAGCAGAAAAGCUUGUUCAAGGUGAACAGUCAUGAUGGGAAAAUCAUCGCCCUAGGAGGCCUGGACAGCGGGAAGUACAUCCUGAACGUGUCAGUGAGUGAUGGCCGUUUCCAGGUGCCCAUCGACGUGGUCGUGCAUGUGGAGCAGCUGGUGCACGAGAUGCUGCAGAACACCGUCACCAUCCGCUUCGAGAACGUAUCCCCCGAGGACUUUGUGGGGCUGCACAUGCACGGGUUCCGGCGCACCCUGCGGAACGCGGUCCUCACCCAGAAGCAGGACAGCCUGCACAUCAUCAGCAUCCAGCCCGUGGCGGGCACCCGUGAGCUGGACAUGCUGUUCGCGGUGGAGACGCCCAACAGUGAGUUCUACAAGCCGGCCUACCUGAUCCAGAAGCUGUCCAACGCCAGGAGACAUCUGGAGAACGUCGUGCGCAUCUCGGCCCUCCUGGAGAAGAACUGCUCCGGGCUGGACUGCCAGGAGCAGCACUGCAAGCAGGGCUUGUCGCUGGAUUCCCACGCGCUCAUGACCUACAGCACAGCUCGCAUCAGCUUCGUGUGCCCGCGUUUCUAUAGGAACGUGCGCUGCACCUGCAACGGAGGACUGUGCCCAGGGUCCAACGAUCCUUGCAUGGAGAAGCCGUGUCCAGGGGACAUGCAGUGUGUCGGAUACGAAGCCAGCAGGAGACCAUUCCUCUGCCAGUGUCCACCGGGGAAGCUCGGAGAGUGCUCAGGGCACACUUCUCUCAGCUUUGCUGGAAACAGUUACAUCAAAUACCGGCUUUCUGAAAAUAGCAAAGAAGAGGACUUUAAACUGGCCCUGCGUCUGCGAACACUGCAAAGCAAUGGGAUUAUAAUGUACACCAGAGCAAAUCCCUGCAUCAUUCUGAAGAUCGUGGACGGCAAGCUGUGGUUCCAGCUGGACUGCGGCAGCGGCCCCGGAAUCUUGGGCAUCUCGGGCCGCGCUGUCAACGACGGGAGCUGGCACUCGGUCUUCCUGGAGCUCAACCGCAAUUUCACGAGCCUGUCCCUGGACGACAGCUACGUGGAGCGGCGCAGGGCGCCCCUCUACUUCCAGACGCUGAGCACCGAGAGUACCAUCUACUUCGGGGCCCUGGUGCAGGCGGAUAACAUCCGCAGCCUGACCGACACGCGGGUCACGCAGGUGCUGAGCGGCUUCCAGGGCUGCCUGGACUCCGUGGUGCUGAAUAACAACGAACUGCCGCUGCAGAACAAGCGCAGCAGCUUCGCCGAGGUGGUGGGCCUGACCGAGCUGAAGCUGGGCUGCGUGCUCUACCCUGACGCCUGCGAGCGCAGCCCCUGCCAGCACGGAGGCAGCUGCGCCGGACUGCCCUCCGGGGGUUAUCAGUGUACCUGUCUCUCCCAGUUCACCGGGAGAAACUGUGAAUCGGAGAUCACAGCCUGCUUCCCAAACCCCUGCCGGAAUGGAGGCUCCUGUGACCCCAUAGGAAACACUUUCAUCUGCAAUUGCAAAGCUGGGCUCACUGGAGUCACGUGCGAGGAGGACGUGAACGAGUGCGAGCGGGAGGCGUGUGAGAACGGCGGCGCCUGCGUGAACGUGUUUGGCUCCUUCCUCUGCAACUGCACAGCAGGCUACGCGGGGCAGUACUGCGGCCUGCGCCCCGUCGUGGUGCCCAACAUCCAGGCCGGCCACUCCUACGUGGGGAAGGAGGAGCUCAUCGGCAUCGCCGUGGUCCUCUGCGUCAUCUUCGUCCUCAUCAUCCUCUUCAUCGUCUUCCGCAAGAAGGUCUUCCGCAAGAACUACUCCCGCAACAACAUCACGCUGGUGCAGGACCCUGCUACGGCCGCCCUGCUCAACAAGAGCAACGGCAUUCCAUUCCGGAACCUGCGGGGCGGCGGGGACAGCCGCAACGUCUACCAGGAGGUGGGGCCCCCGCAGGUCCCCGUGCGCCCCAUGGCCUACACCCCAUGCUUCCAGAGCGACUCCAGGAGCAACCUGGACAAGAUCGUGGACGGGCUGGGCGGCGAGCCCCAGGAGAUGACUACAUUUCACCCCGAGUCACCGCGCAUCCUGACGGCCAGGCGGGGUGUGGUCGUGUGCAGUGUGGCCCCCAACCUCCCUGCCGUGUCCCCCUGCCGUUCUGACUGCGAUUCCAUCCGGAAGAAUGGCUGGGAUGCCGGAACCGAAAACAAAGGGGUUGAUGACCCAGGAGAAGUGACCUGCUUUGCAGGCAGUAAUAAAGGCAGCAACUCAGAAGUUCAAUCCCUGAGCUCCUUCCAGUCAGAUUCUGGUGACGACAAUGCAUCCAUAGUGACUGUCAUUCAGCUUGUCAACAAUGUAGUUGACACUAUAGAGAAUGAAGUGUCUGUCACGGAUCAAGGACAGAACUACAACCGAGCCUAUCACUGGGACACCUCUGACUGGAUGCCGGGGGCCCGCCUGUCGGACAUAGAAGAGGUACCCAACUACGAGAACCAGGAGGGAGGCUCCGCGCACCAGGGCAGCACGCGGGAGCUGGAGAGCGAUUACUACCUGGGCGGCUACGACAUCGACAGCGAGUACCCACCCCCCCACGAAGAGGAGUUCUUGAGUCAGGACCAGCUGCCCCCACCCCUGCCAGAGGACUUCCCGGACCAGUACGAGGCCCUGCCUCCCUCCCAGCCGGUCUCACUGGCCAGCACGCUGAGCCCAGACUGCAGGAGAAGGCCCCAGUUCCAUCCCAGCCAGUACCUCCCUCCCCACCCCUUCCCCAACGAAACGGAUUUGGUGGGCCCUCCCGCCACCUGUGAAUUCAGUACUUUUGCCGUGAGCAUGAACCAGGGCACAGAGACAGCAGCGGGCCCAGCAGACAGUGUGUCUCUCUCCUUGCACAAUUCCAGAGGCACCUCGUCCUCGGAUGUGUCAGCCAGCUGCGGCUUCGACGACUCCGAAGUAGCCAUGAGUGACUAUGAGAGCGUCGGGGAGCUCAGCCUCGCCAGCCUUCACAUUCCCUUUAUGGAGACCCAGCACCAGACCCAAGUGUAGAGGAUGCGCUCGGGUGAUGCGCGCGGUUUGUUACAGAA